GCGGGGCGAAAGCCGCGGGGCGGCCAUGACCGAAACUUGUGCGCCUGCCGCUGUGUGACGUGCGGAGCGGUGGGGUUCUGCGGCUCGUAGGAGAUGGAGGAGGCGCGGGCGCGCAAGUUGGAGGCUGGCAGAGCUAAGUUUGCUCACUUCAGAGAACGCAAAGCAAAAAGCAAUGUCGCGCAGUCGCAGAAAAAGACGCCGAAGAGGAAGGGCUCGUCUGUCCACACGCAUGACGUUCCACAGGAAGAGCGCACAGUAAUGGCCCCAGGCUGUGAUGUCGGUAAGGGUGUAGAGAGUAAGGCUGAAGACACCAACCUCCUAGAGACAACAACAGAGACAGAGGGGAGUGCUGAUUUGCCCAUCCAGGAUACAGCAAUCCAUCCAGCAGCUGAAGAAGUUGCAGUAUGUUCUGUGGCAGAAUGUGAUGAGCUUGAUGAUAAGAUGUGUCAAACUAGAAUAGCUGAGUUAGAGAAAAGAUUUCUGGAGAAACAGCAAGCGGUUGAAAGACUGACUGUGCAGAUGGAUGAACUACAGGAACAACUUAGCCAGCAUAGAGUCUCUAUGCAGCUUCAGGAAGCAACUGUUCAAGAGCAGAAUGAAGUCAUAAGGAAACUAACAAGCUGCCUUCAACAAACAAGAAAGGAUUGGGAUGACUUGCAGGAAGAGGCUUCACACGCAGCUGAUCAGAUCCAUGGCUUACAACUUCAGUUACAUCAGGUUAAUGUGAUGCUGAAGAAUAAAGGCUCUGGGAAGAAAGAGGUAUUAGAAGCCCAGCAGCAAAUGUCCUUGUUUCAGAACAGUCUCCAAGAACAAAAUGCACGUUUGGAGAUGCUGCAUCAAAGAGCACAAGACCUGGAGGUACAGCUUGAAUCUUCUCAAAAGAAUACCAAAGAUAAGGAAUAUCCGCUUGCCCUAAUGGAAGAGGGUACGAAAGAUACAAUGCAACAGCUAUAUGAAAGCAUAGGAGAAAAAGAUGACUGUAUUAAAAGUCUCCAGGAUCUACUGGCAUCAGAAAGAUUCAAUUUGUCUAUGCUACAACAUACUCUUUCUCUCCGGGACUCAGAAAUAACAGAAUUAAAAAACGAAAUAACCUUAAUCAAAAUGAAAGAACAGCAACAUAUUGAAGAACUGAAAAUGAAUCAUGAAAAGGAUGUUUGCAGACAAUUGGAGCACUUGAAGGCUAACCUGGAGAAAUGUCAUAGAAAAGAGAUUGCAGAAGCCAAGCAGAUAUAUGAAGAAGAAAUGAUUUUAAAACAUAAAAGUGAACUUGAACAGUUAAGGAAAGAACUUUCUGCUCUGAAUUCUGAAGAACACAUUCAGAAUUUAAAUAGAAUAAUAACUGACUUAAAUAAUAGUCUUUAUGAAUCUGAAAUUAGUAAAGAAAAUUUGAGAAAGGAACUUGAAAAUCAGCAGGAAAACUUCCAGAGAGAAAAAACUGAGGUUGAGAUUCAAUACAAAGUUUUAAUUAGCGAUCUUAAGUCUCAACUUUCAAAGGCAGAAGUGCAGGUCAAGGAAGCCCAACAAUAUGAGCAGGAAAAACAGCACUUGAAUGAAGGGAUUCAGAAACUGAAUUAUUUCAUCCGUGAAUUAAAUAAAAAGCAACUUUUUGAGGCUGAAGAAAGUAAAGAUGCAAAGCAAAAGCAUGAUGAAGAGACUGUCUCCAAUAAAAACCUAAGGGAAACACAAACUGGACCAGAUAUACUGGAGUUGCAGACAGUGAAGCUUGAGGAGAUGUUGAAUGAACCACGCCGAUUUAGAGAACAGCUAGAUCCUGACAAACUAGAUUUCCAGUGUCAACCAACAGUAGGUUCAUUAAGGGAUGAAUCGGAAGAAAUUGUGUGCUCAAAGAUCAGAGAGCAUAAUAAAAGUAGUGGAGAUCACUUGUCUGAAGAACCGUUGCCAGAACUAGGAUUUUUCACUACUGAUGAAGAGAUACUAUCAAAAUAUCUUGUCUUCACAGAGAGACCAGAGCAGUCAUAUGUGUCAGGCUGUUCUGAAGGUUAUACCACUGAAGAAGGUAAAUGCAGUAGGAUUGGGUUAAACAGUAGCGUGCUUUCAGAUCCCAGCACAGAUUUUAAACCUCCUCAACUAAACUUUGACCUUGAUGAAAAAUCAUGCGUUGGCAGUUUGACUAGAGAGACAUUUGAAGAGACCAAGGUGGAAGCAGAGGCCUUCAUUUCACUUUUGUCAGAUGGCUCCCAACUGCAAUGCAAAAUAAGUGACUAUGGUGAUGUAAAGGAUGAUGAGAGAGCUUGUGUAGUAGAGAGAUGUGUGAAGCUAACUGAGCAGCUCUGCAAAAAAGAGUCAGCCUUGAAGAAAUCUCAUCAGGAGACCCAAGAAGCUGUUGAAAAAUGGAAGAAAACGAUAGCUGAGCUCUGUGAAAUUAAUGUGGAACUGAAUAAGGAACGUGAAGCACGGCUAUGUUGUGAAGAACAACUUCUUCAGAAAACAGAGAGGGAGAAAGAACUUGAAAACAAAAUAAACCUCCUAGUAAAGCAACAGAAUGAGGAUGGAAGCCAAUCUUACUGUGCUACAGAACAUUUAGCAGAAGUGUCUAAAUCCUCUACCUGGCAACAAAUGGUAAAAGACCUCCAGGAGGAAAAAGAAACGUUGAUGGUGCAGCUGCGAACUCAGGAGCAGUUAGUGAAGGAAGUUCAAGAGCAGAAAAUAGCUUCUGAUUCUGUAACGAGUGAAGUACAGACUCUUUUUGGACGUCAGUUGGCUGCUUUGCAAAGUCAAAGGGAUCGAAUGCAGAACCAGCUUGAUGCUCAGAAGGCUAAAAACCAGAGAGUAACGGAGUUACUUGGUCAGAAAACCAUACUGGAAGAGACAAUGCUAAAAGAACAGGAGUUGCUCAAAGCAGAAAUCAAUAACAAAGAGCAAGACUUGGCACUCUUGGUGAAGGAGAAAACAGCAUUAGGAGAGAGAUUAUCCAUUGUGGAGAAGGAUCUAAUAAAAGCAGAGAAAGCAUUAGCAGCAAAUGCUAGCAUCAUAGCAGAUCUUGAGAAAAACAUACAUGAAGUUAAUACUGAAGUGCAAAACAUCAAAGAAGCACAGGAGUGUGAAAGACUAAGAUAUGAGGAUAGGUUGAACUUCAACAACAUGGAAAUUAGUAAACUUCAUGCUGAAAUAAAGGCAAAAAGUACUGAAUACAGUGAGAAAGAAAGCCAACUGAUUGAAGAAAUAGCUCAUUUGAAGAAGGUUCAUUUGGAGCUUGAAAAUUACUUGCGGGAAUCCUUUCAGUCUGUACAAGAUGCAAAGAAGGCACAGUCUGAGAUGAUGAAUUAUUAUAAGGAGGAAAUUGUUAAAAUGGAGACUCAGCACCUUGCAGAAUUAACUAAGCUGAGUUUGACACACAAGAAGGAGAUAGAAGAAUUAAAUGCUGAAGUAAAAGAUAAAGUUGAAAAGCAAAAGAAGUUGGAGGAAGAAAGAGUAGAACAGCUUGCUUUAGUAAAAAAGGUACAUGAACGAGAGCAUGACCGUGAAAUUUCUGAACUUAUUACUAAACAUAAAGAGGAAAUGGAGGAGCUCCGUGCUGAACUUAAUAAAGAAAAGCUACAGCUGUUGGAUGAACUUCAGCAGCAAAUGGCAGCCACGCACAAAGCAGAGAUUGAGCGUGCCCAGCUCCAGUCACAGACGCUUCACAGCCUUGAAUUGGAAGCAUUGCGCCUAAGUUUAAAUAACUUGCACACCUCCCAGCUUGAGCUUACUCAGUCUAACUUGAGAAAAGAAAAGGAAAUUGCACUUGUGGAACUACGGGAGAUGCUCAAUGAUAAGCGUGCUCAGGAGAUAGCAAUUCUACAAAGCCGCCAUCAGCUGGAGGGGGAGAAAAUUAAGGAACGUUGUUUGAAGGAAAAAGAAGACCUAACGUCAAAGUAUCAGCAAGAAUUAGUUGAUCAAAGAAAGAAAAUAGAACUGGAAAUGGAAGAGAAACAUAUUCAGAUGCUAGAGACUCUUAAAAGAGACUGGGAGUUGGAGUCUGAGAUGCAUUUAAAAUACACGUGUGAGGAGCUGUCUAAAAAACAUCAUGCUGAAAUAGCAGAGCUGCAGAAAACUCUGGAAAUGGAAUUAGAAAAAGUCAAAGCAGAGCUGGGACUUCUUUCUCUUGAGAAGGAACAAUCUGAAAAGAAAUGUGUAGAUUUGGAGAAGCAGCACCAGUUAGCAAUCACAGCAUUAACUAAACAACUGGAGGCUGAACAUAACCAACUCCUGGAAAAUAUGAAGACAGAAAGCCAAGAAAAAGAACAGAAUCUACAGAAGGAGCUGGAAAAACUUCAGAUCAUGCAUGAAGAAUUCAAGACUCGAUCACAAGAAGAAGUCAGGCAGCUUUGGUCUCAACUUGGCAGUACCCGAGCAAAUCGGCAGGAGUUAAGUGAUGGUGAGUCAGUCUGGUCGAGGAUGGAAACUCGUGUUCCAGAGCUGAAAGAGCAGCUCAUGGCUCGUGCAUCACAGGUGGAAGAAAUGGAGCAUUUAAAGCAAAAAUUUGAAGAGCAGCGUCAGCGAACAAAAAGUGAGCAUGAGGCUGAAUUAGAACAACUGAGAAUCUACUUUGAAAGAAAGUUAAGAGUCGCUGAGGAAAACUACAGAGAAGAAUUGACUGUGCUGCAUCAGAGACUGCAAGAACUGAAAGAAUAUUCAGUAUCUGAGGUUGAUGUGAGCCAUAAUCAAGUAGGGAAUAUCAGUUCUUCUGUCACAGUUUUUGGAGAGGUUGAGAAAGAGAGAAAAGACUUUUUCCUUGAUCAACUGAAUCAACAGCUGGAGCAACAUAAGGAAGAAAUUGCCUGUUUGCAAGGGCAACUUAAGGAAGAUCACAGACACGAACUAGAUUCCUUAAAAUCUUCCCUUGCACUUCAAUAUAAAGGGGACCUACUGAAAAUGAAGAUGGACCUCUCAGACAAGUAUAUAGUAGAAAUAGAGGAAAUGAAAAGAAAGCAUUGUUUAGAACUUGAGCAGCUCCGUGCCAGACUUUCAGAAGAACAUAUCAAAGAAAUCACUAAAUUGCGCCUGCAGAGUGCUCAAGAUGCAGCACGUCAAGUUGAAAUGGAGGUGGCCAAGCGAGUAUCUGUGCUGGAGGAAGAACACAAAGUUAAGCUCUCUCUCCUCCGCUCUGAGGAACAGCAUAUUGCAGAGCUUUCAGAAGAAAUAAAGUGUUUAAAGGAAGAGAUAACUAAACAAAAAGACUUCUUUGUGCAGAAUGAGAAGCAUCUGAAAGAGCAAAUGGAGCAGGUAAAAUUUAAAAUUGCUGAGGAUCAUGAGAAUGAAUUAAAGGAAGCCAGGGAAGAAGUUCAGAAAAUAGAGACUAUGUACAAAGAAAAAGAGAAGAAAUGGAAAUGUGAAAGUGAGGACCAGAGAAUCCAAGCAGAAGAGAAAUUAUCACUGUUGCACACAGAACUGCAAAAUAGGUUGGAAUGUGAGAAGCAGAAUUUACAGAAGGAGUUUGAACUUCGUGAAACUCAAAUGAAUCAGCUCCAAGAUCACCAAGCUGCCAAAAUUGUAGAAUUAGAGAAGUUGGUAAAAGAACAGCAAAACAACUUGCAACAGCUAGAAGACAGCCUUGCAGUUGCACAGGCCACACAGAAGUCUCAGGAACAAUAUGACAGUGACCUACAGGCAGCCAAAGUGCUUAUGGCAAAAGAAAUGGAGAAGGCCAAGCUUUGUCUGCAGGAAGAGUGUGCGCUGAAACUUUUGGAAGCACAAAGCAAGUUUAUGGAGGAACACAAAGCUUUGACUCGGAAGUUCACGGCUGAGCAAGAGUUUCUUCUCCAAGAGCUGAAGAAGAAACAUGUUGAUGAGCUAGAGCUUCAAAGUCAGCAGCUACAAGAGAAGCAUAAGCAGAAAAUUUUAUCUCUGACAACUGAAUUUCAGAGAAAGCACCAAGCUGAAAUUAAGACACUUAAAUCUACACUAGAAAGUAAACAGCAAACUCAACUUGAAGCUUUUGUUGCUGAGCUUCAGACAAAACAUCAAGCACAAAUUGAUGCGCUGGAGGCUAAACACUUAUCAAACCUGGAUUCCUUGGAGUCAUCCUACCUAUCUGAAAUUCAGAAUAUAAGAGAUGAACAUAGGCAGGUUCUUGAGAAGCUACAGCUGCAUCACACAGAGCAGCUCCGUGAAAAGGAUAAAAUGAAUCUAACGUGCCUCGCUCAGGAGAUAGAGAUAUUGAAGUUAAAGCAUGCUGAGGAACUUCAGCUAGCACAAAAUAAUUUGAAAAUUGAGCUAGCUACUGUGCAUAUGGAAAAGCUUAAAAUUAUGGCUGUAGAAGCAGAAGAAGCUCAUAAGGAUGACUUAAAAACAGCUCUACAAAAUCAGAGAAGUUUGCUGGAAGAAGAAAAACGUCUAGCCUUGGAUAUAUUACGUGAGGAAGUAAUGCAUAUGGAGGAAAAGCAUAGAAAAGCUCUGCAAGAACUUCAGAAUCUUCAUGAGGCAGAAAUUAAGAAGCAUAAGGAAGAGCACUCCAGGGAGCUGGAAAAGGAACUGGAGAAACUAAAAGCACAGCAUGAGCACGAACAGGAGAUGUAUGCUUCUGCAUCAGCCUCUGAAGUUGAAGCUGUGAGGACAGCUCUUCUGUCUCAAUUUGAGGCAGUCAAAAAGAAGCAGCAGCUUCAGUUCCAGGAAGAGAUUGAGCUGUUGAAGUGUCAGUCAGAAGUACUCCUUGAACAACAAAUUGCACAGCUGAAAGAUGAGUUUGAAGAUGAAAAAGCAGCUUUAAUACAUGACCAGGAGCAAGUGUUAAUUCAGGAAAGGGAGAAAGUACAGGCUGCUUGCCAAGAGGAGAAGGAGACAUUGUCAGCACAGCUACAGGAAAAAGCAGCAAGAAUUAUCCAGCUGGAAAAGAGAGUCGAAUCUUUAAACUGUGAAAUAAAGGAGACCAACUGUGAACUGGAGACACUCAUAGAGCGACGGGACAGAGAAAACCAAGAAGGAGGCAAUUUGGUAGCCAUGUUGAGAUCUGAUAUUGAGCAGUCCAAAGACGAAAGGAAGAAAAUGCAGGACUCGUAUCAGUGUCUUUUGAAAUGGCUUAUGGAGCUGGUGAAGGCCACAAUUGCUGUUGAGGAUCUUAUCUGUAGCAAGAUUGGUCUUUGCCUUGAUAACAGUAUGGCUUCUGCAGAUUCUAUGGAAAGUCACAGUAUUAUGGAAGAAAUAGGGUUUGUACAAUGCUUCAAAGCUAAAGAAAAGAGUCACCUAGAGAAAGUAGAUGAACUGCUUGAUGAAACUCUCACAGAACACAGCCAGCUGUCUCCAGUGACCGAAGAGCAGUAUGAUGAGUUGAGCCAAUACUUAUAUGAAAGUGUUUUUGCAAAGCCUGAAAUGGCAUAUGAAAAUGAAGAGAUGAUACUGAAAAUUUGUGAUCGUUUGCGCACUGCAGUGGAAAGACUUCUGGAACUGGUUACAGAAUCAACUAAGCAACUGGAAAAAACACAUGAAAUCCAUGCACAACUUGAAGAAGAAUUCGCUUGUCGAAAUCAGGAGACUGCUCAAGUGGUUAGUCAGCAUCAAGAACUAAUGGAGUGCCUCAGUGAGGAAAGUGAGGCUAAGAAUCAGCUGGCACUAGAGCUUCAUAAAGCAGAAGGCAUUAUUGAAGGCUAUGUUGCAGAAAAAGCUGCACUGGAGGAGGCCUUGAAUCUGAAAGAAGAAUCUGAGCGUCGCCUUGUUGUGGAGUUGGAGAAUAUGCGUGAACGCUUCCAGGAACUAACCCAGGAGCAGGCAAUUCUUGGUCUUCUCAAGGAAGUAGAACUUUUAGCAAAGGAGAAAUUGGAACUUGAGUGCCAGGCAGAAAAGGACCAUUCCAACUUACGCUCUCAAAUGAAAGUUCUUGAGAUGGAACUGGAAGAACAGCUGCACAGUAAUCACGACCUGACUAAACAAUUGGUGGAGGCUGCUGAGUUAAAGCAGCAAAUUGAAGUCCUUGAAAAACAGCUUAAAAACCAGCGACAAUUCAUGGAUGAACAAGCUAUAGAAAGAGAACAUGAACGUGAUGAUUUUCAGCAAGAAAUUAAAAAGCUGGAAGAACAGUUAAAACUUUCAGCUAAGUUACAGACUUUGGGAAAGCCCAGGGAGCAUGGGAACUAUGACUUGAUUCUACAGGUAGAAUCUUUACAAGCAGAAGUAAAACAGAAGGUGGAUGAUUACAAUAAGCUGUUAUUAGAAAAGGAACAAAAACAUCAAGAAAUUACAGCUCGUGAUAAAGAGAUUGAAAAACUGGUGGCACAAGUACAAGAACUGGAGCACAGCAGUACUGAAGUCUCAAAGACUGUAAACUACUUGCAACAACAACUUCAAAAAAUGAAGAAAGUAGAAACUGAAUUAAAACAGGAUAAAGAAGCAUUGCAACAGCAGCAGUACAACAAUUUGAUUCAGAUCUCUGCCCUGCAAUCUAAAUUGGAUGAAGUCAGGCAUGGAGUACCUAUGGAAGGCACUUCUGACCAAGGGCUGAAGGAACAGCUACAGGCAGAACACGAAUCACUUGAGAGGAAAGAAGGAGAGAUUGCAAGCUUGUUAGACCACCUAGAACAACAUAAGGAUAAAUUGACCAGUAAAAAUGAGGAGAUAUUACAGCUGAAAUUGCAGCUAGAGGUGCAAAAAAAUCUUAGCACUUUCACCAUCAACCAGCUUCAGCUAGAGAACGCGCAAUUGAAGGAUCUAACAAAUCUUCAUGUAAAGCAAAAUCAGGUCUUGGAUGUAAAUGAUUCGUCAGCUCUGUCCUUCCCACAAGCUCUACUUAAAGAAAAGAAUCAAGAAAUAGAUCACCUUAAUGAACAGCUGAGAAGACUGAAAUUUGAGCUAGUGAAUACCCUCGAGAAUAAAGUUGUUGAAGACCAAAAAUCUGAAAUUGAAGAACUCAGGUCUGUUAUCGAGCACCUUCGUGGGGACCAGGAACGGCUGAGUAAAGACAAAGAUGAAGAGGUAGAGCAACUUCACGGAGUAAUUGAGAAGCUCCAAAAGGAGCUGGCACAAUUUGGACCAGUAUGUCAUGAAGUUAGUGACAACCAAGGUGAUAUUUUUCAAUUUGGAUUGGAAAAGUCAGUGGAAAACCUGCAGAAGGAGUUGAAGAAGGGAUUGAUAGAUUGUCAGGGUGACACUGAUCUAGGUGGAAGAAAGGCAUUGCUACUUUCCAAGGUGAAGGAACUUGAGGAAGAGCUAGAGUUUGCCUCGGCUGCUAGAAAAGACCUGCAGCAGCAGCUGGAAGAGAAAGAAACACAGUUCAAAGUGGAAGUGGAAAUUUUAGAGAAAAAAUGCCAAAACUUACAGGAAUCAUCAAGGCAGCACUUUGCAGAGCUAAACACUCUGAGAUUACAGUACAGUGCACUUCAGGAAGAGUACAGCCUUCUCCAAACACAUAUUUCUCAGAGAGAAUUUGAAGCAAGGAUUGCUGCUUCUUGUGUUCAGGAACUCGAAGAUAGUGUGAAAGAGAGGGAACUGAGUAUUCUUGAAAAAGAUAAGCAGGUAAAGACAGCAGUGGCAGAUCAAAGAGAAGCUGAUGAGGGUGCACUGCAAUACUUAACAAAACAGACAUCAGAACUUGAAACUGAGUUGAAAAAGAAAGAUGUGAGUCAGGCUCAAGAUGUUUGUAGUCGUGAGUUUGAAGUUUCUAGACUUGAUUUACAUGUGCAAGCAAUGAAUCAGAAAGAAGUAUGUAAUCAGAGAGAAACUGAUGAAUUAGAAGGUAACAUGACAAAAUUGAAAGAUCAAAUCAAGAUAUACACAAAAGAGCUUGAAGCCUUACGUUUGGAAAGAGAUGAACUUAUUUCACAGUUGGAAUUGUACAAGCCAAAGGAAGUCCUUAAGAAGGGAAUGGAGGAAUUGGAAGCACUGGAAAUACAUAUUGAUCAGUCAUUUGCUUCCCCACCUGAUAAUCUGGAAAAUGUUGCUUUGGUUGACUGUACUGCUCAUGAUACAAAUAAACAAUCUCAGGUUAAGCAAUCAGAAGAAAAUAUCUCAAUGCAAAAAUUGGACAUGAUCAACAGCUUUGAAGAGCAAACUUUGAAAAAGCCUCCCCAUCAAACUCCCAAUUCUCCAAAAAACAGUGUGAAUGAAGGCUGUACUGAAGGUACUCUUAAAAACUUCCAGGAUUUCAUUGUGGAUGUGACUUCAUGGGAUUCGCCUGAGAUUAUGAGAAAGCAAGAUAUAAGCAUGGACCUUCAACCAGUGCUUAAUCUGACACCCUUUUCAGAAGCUGAAAGUACAGGUCUUGAAAUGGUGCACAGUAGGUCAUCCCUGCAGGGUGAUAAUUCUGUUUUGUUGGGAUUUCCCUACCUUUAUGAAAACGGCAGUGAGGAAGCAGCAGACAGAGCAGAUGUAAAAUCUCCAGUUUCCAGUGGAAGUACCUACUCUGUUGAUGACCAAGACAUGGAGAAGAUUUUGCAGAUGAGAGAAACAGAUAAUCUAACUCCAUCUGAUUUGCAAGAUGACAUAAGAUCGGGAGCAUCUGCCAUAGACGUGAUGAGCAAUGGAUGUGACAGCAGUACCGGAUCAAAUUUGGCCGCUAAACAAACAUCAGACCACUCAAAUGCUAAUUUCAUGGCUUAUCUGCGGUACUGUGGCAUGUUUCCAGAUACAGAAUCAGUGAGAGAAAAGGAAACACUUUCACCACAAUUGAAGACUGUGCUGAAGUUGGUGUAUGAGGAGAGUCACAAGAUAUUGGCUUUGUCAGAACAUUCCUUUGGUUUUAGGGAACUGAAAAAUGUUCAUCAGACCAGAGCAGUGAUGGAGGGAUGGCAAAAAGAAGGCUUGGCCUUGCUGAAUGCUAUACAGUCUCUGAAAGAUCACCUUAGCAAGGUAGCAGACAGAGGAGAUAAGGAGGAGCAGAGGCAGAUGGUUGUGGAGCACCUUUUCUCCUCAGACCGGAACAAUUUGCUCUCUGAGAUACAGGAGCUUCGAGCUCAGCUGCGCAUGACGCAUCUUCAGAACCAGGAGAAGCUGCAGCAGCUGCAGGAAACUCUUACUAAUGUAGAAGAUCAUGGGAGCAAACAAGAACACCAGCUUCGAAGGAAAGUUGAAUUAUUAGAAUAUAAGCUUCAGCAGGAAAAAUGCAUUGUAAGUGACCUGCAUAGCACACUGUCUGAGGAGCAGAAGAGAGCCUCUGAAACAUGUGAACUCUUGAAUCAAGAAAAAGCAGCAGUAUCAACCCUGAAGUCAGAUCUAUAUGAACGUAAGCAAGAGAAUGAAAGGCUGCAAAAAUCCCUAGAAGAGCAUCAGAGGGAAAUAAGCAAGCUCCGUUUUGAAUUGGAAAGCAAAGAGAAGGAUUUGACAGCUACUAUGCAAGAGUUGCAGAAUGAACGUCUGACAGAAACAGAGCUGCGAGUUUUGCUUGAGGAACAACAGCUUCAGCAUAAGAAAACAGAAGAUGAAAAGAAAAAGACCUUGGAGGAUUUACAGGCUGCCUUGGAUUUGCAGACGGUGCAGAAUAGCAAGCUGUCUGUAUCCCUCGAGCAUGAACAAAUAAUAAAUGACAAUCUCCGCAAGGAACUUCGGAUCGAAUAUUCCCGCUGUGAAGCGUUAUUGUCUCAAGAACAUGACAAAGUGUUGGAGCUACAGAAAAGCUUGGAUGCUGAGAGAAAUCGUUCUUUGGAGCUCUUAAAUUCCUUGAAUCAUGAACGUGUUUUGACAGAACGGUUGAGCAUGCAAACUAAGGAGGAUGCUUCUUGUCAGCAUAGGGAGUUGUUGCUAGAACAGGCCUUUAUCCGAGAGCUCCAAGCCCAGCUGGAGGAAGAGAGAUCCCGAAAGGCAGAACUAGCUGCUAUUAUUGAGAAAACCCACCGGAAAGCCAUUCGUUCCAAAAGGCAGCCAGAGGCUGAAGUACAGAUGUGUUGCAAAGAAACACAGGUGGAGAAAGAGAUCAGUAACAAACUCCGAGUGACGCUGGAGUCUCUUCAGAGUCAAAAGCAAGAGCAAAACUUGGAACUGCGACACCAGAGGGAUGAACAAAGAAUUAAAGAGAUGCAGGAAAUUGUGGCAAUCUUAAAGGAAACAGAAAGAAGUCCUCCAUCUCAAAGCAGUCAGCGAGGACUGUUGUGUACUUCAGACAAAGAUCAAAAUGCCAAAGAGCCCAUGACAAAAGAAACUGGAAAAUGCAACUUGCAGCAGCAGCAGAAGCAACAGCUGGAGAGGAUAAGACAACAGUUGCUUUUUGUAGCUGCACACCUCAUUGAGUUAAUGUGUAAAACUGUAGAUAAAACAGUUAGCGACUGGUAUGUAUCAAAUGAUGAAGCUGUAGCAUCUUUACUGCAGACGUUAAAGGAACUAAAAUCAGAUUUAUCGUCUCCUCCUGCAUCUCAGAUCAGAUCUACAGAUGAUACCAACUCUGCUCAAGAACUGGAAAGAGCUGCUUGGCAGCAAGAAAGAAGCAUUCUACAGAAUGCACUGAAACAGGCAGAAUCUGAACUGGCUAAAGCAACUGCUGAAACUGAAAACAAAGCAAUGACGGAAGCAUUCAAUCCUAAGUUACAGAGAUUAUAUAGGAAGUACCUACGAGCAGAGAGCUUUAGAAAGGCUCUGGUUUAUCAGAAGAAAUACCUCUUGCUGCUUCUUGGUGGAUUUCAAGACUGUGAACAAGCAACUCUCUCUCUAAUAGCACGCAUGGGAAUCUACCCCUCGCCUGCAGACCUGCAGCUUCCUGCCUCCCGCUCCCGCCCUCUGACCAAGUUCAGAUGUGCAGUCAGGGCAGUCGUUGCCGUGUCAAGGUUGAAGUUUUUGGUGAGAAAGUGGAACAAGCUUAACAGAAAAAAUGCCCAAGGUGAAAUCGUCUCCCAACAUACAGGAAAUAACACAGCCUCUGGUGCCAGAAUAGAAACUCUGAAACAGCAGCAGCUCCCAGCUGUUCAUGUAAGCUCUCCCCCAACCCGGGACACUGGCCUGUGCCACAGAACCAGCUCUGCGAGAUCUGUGAGCUGCUCCUCCAAAUCCUCUCACCGGUCACACAGCAGAUUGCCUCCAUCCACUUCAGAAAAGUCACCUGUGCCUACUCAGGAUCCUGAACGAUCACUUACAGAAUACAUCCACCGCUUGGAGAUUAUCCAGCAAAGACUAGGAGGGGUGCAGUCAGGACAAGUUCCAGGCCUGCCUUGCCAGAGAAACAUGAAAAAGUGAUCAGAAUGCUUCUGAAAUCUGUGCUGUGAAACCGCCAAGUUAUUGCUUCCUUCUGAGUUAUUCCCUGGUGAAUGGAGCACUUGUCAUCUCCUGUGCAACUAAAUAAAGGGCAGUGCUUUUGCAUCAGAA